CGUAUCGGGUGAGGACGUCCCUUGGUCACAGCAACAGCGACUCUCUGUACUUUUGGCUAGUGGGAGAGGCUUCAUUAUGCUGGCCGUCACGAGAGUUGGUGUUAUUUUGAUUGUAGUUUGUAUUUAUCCAACUUACGCACUCUACUUCCCCAUAGAAGAGACUCAAAAAAAAUGCUUCACGGAAGAAAUUCCAGAAGACACCAGAGUUGUCGGUAAGUACAGAGUUCAGCUUUGGGACAAAUCGGACAGUUCCUUCCUCCAGGCCUCCCCCAGUCUUGGAAUGCAUGUUGAAAUUAAGGAUGCUGAUGCAAAGGUGUGUAUGGUAAUCCUGUCUCGUCAAUAUGGAUCCGACGACUGGUUCACCUUCGCAUCUCGUACUCCUGGAGAACACCAAAUUUGUCUGCACCCUAACUCCACAAAGAUGGCUCUGUUUGCCGGAGGGAAACUGAAAGUGCACCUGGAUAUUCAGGUUGGAGAACGUGCCAAUAACUACCCUGAAAUUGCAGUCGUAGACAACCUGACUGAGCUGCAGCUGCGUGUCAGACAGCUUCAGCUUCAGGUCGAACAGAUCCUGAAGGAGCAAAAUUACCAGAGGUAUCGAGAAGAGCGCUUCCGUAUGAUCAGUAAGAGCACCAACCAGCGCGUCCGCUGGUGGUCCAUCGCCCUGAUUUCGUGGUCCAUCGCCCAGAUGCUCACUCUCAUCAUCACAGACAUGUGGCAGACGAAGCACCUCAAAAGUGUUUCUGAAGAUGAUGAACGGGUUUAUUUUAUUGAUAUUGGUGUCAGGAAUGUGAAUUAAGGUAAUAAAUCUAAAGGCAA